GCUGCAUAGGAUCAAUGCCACAUCAGCUAGGAUGCAAAGCAUUGCAUUUUUCUAUAAUCCCCAAUUUGAUUUUUUCUCGCUUGGCUUCAUGCCUUGUUGAGCUUCCCAGCUUCCCAUUGUUAGAGUACACUAGUGCCACGCAGAGGACGUUCGUGGAAUGCGUCUUGUGUGAGAAGAGAUCUGCAGAGAUUACUUUGCACUUAGGUGAUUAGUAUGUUCAGUGAUGAUGCUAGCAGAGCCAUGGAUGGUUCUGCAGCAUAUUUGCAGACUGAUGCCAAUAAAUUGGAUUGUAACGUUGAAAGAUAUG